GUGAGAAUGGAGGUCCUAGUAGUCAGGUCGUGUCAGGUCAAGUGCUAGCAGGGGAAGAGGCUUAGCAAUUCCCGAAGGAUGGCUCAGAAUAGGUCAGUCUUAGGUCAGUGCAGCAGUGGGCGAACCCAAACUCACUACUUGUGUUCGAAAUGAAACGGAACAAUGAAACGUAGACGACGAAACAUUUCAAAUGAAAGAAAAAAUUGGACACUAGGAACAUAAACCAUUAAACACGACCUAUACAAGUUCAUUGCACUUAUAAGACGUGACUCAUGGCUCUCUAAUUCUUGCGCAAAGGGGAGAGUCAUCACGGAGGUCAUGACGGCCGACCUCACCAGAUGCCCCGAGAGUUGCCAGGCACCACCACAGCAGUCGCCGCCAGAACAACCAAUGCAGGGUCUGGUUCACUUGAUCUAGCGAGUGAUGGGCGAGCAGUUCCGUGAAUAGACCAGUGCAAAAGUCAGACUGAGACGUGACGAAUAGAGUGACUGAGCAUAAUAAGACGAGUUGAAAAGUCAGAUUAAGACGAGGCGUUACAAGGCGAGAAACUGAUUGCGGGAAAGUGAUAAAAAGACGUGACUCUACGAAGCUGGAGACUGUGACUGGCUGCAUGUAACCUCACUGCGCAGACUGUUUCGUGAAGUGGUAUGUUUAAUUCGAUAAUAAAGCAAUAACAGAGAGAGACGAGAAUAUUAAUCGUCUUGAAUCAUACAAGCGGCGCAGGGAACACAACCAUUCAGAACUAAUACAAAAAAAGAGGCACUAAACUGAGGCCAUUAGAACUUCAUCCCUCAAAGUAAGCCUCUAAUUUGCCCUGUUUACCUGUCAGAGCGAGAGCUUGAACACCUGUACACACGGAGCGCCACUUACAGCCUUGAACAGCCGCAGGAUGGCGGUGCGGGGCGUGAUGACCCCCCAGGGGUGGUACGUGAAGGCACUGCCCUCCGGGGAGCCCUACCCCUUGGAGUCCCGCUUGAACCCGUUGUUCUGUGAGGCGGGCGUCACCACGCUGUGCGGCGCCCUUAAGUAUGGCGCCUCGCUGCACGGCUCCAAGCCUUGCAUGGCCACCCGGCAGCUGCUGCGGAGGGAACGGGAGGAGAAGAACGGAAAGACGUUUGAGAAAUUGGAGUUGGGCGAGUACCGAUGGAAGACCUACGAGGAAGUGCAGCAGGCGGCGGUAGAGGUGGGGCUCGGCGUGCGGCGUCUGGGCCUCGAGCCACUGAACCGCGUGGUGAUCUUCGCUGAGACACGAGCCGAGUGGCUGACGGCAGCAAUGGGCUGCCUGCAGCACCGUAUCACCGUAUGCACGCUGUACACCACGCUCACCGACGCCGGGGUGGCUCACGGCAUCAAUGAAACAGAAGUCUCUCUCGUUUUCACAACCUUUGAUCUGCUGCCUCGCGUGGCCCGCGUGUUGCAGCAGUGCCCUAGGGUCACCACGGUGGUGGUAAUGGAGGAUCAGUUAGAAGACGUCGGAGACACCAGUAAAAUCCCCUCCAAUGUCCGCAUGGUGCCCUUCAAAUCCUUCUGUCAAAAGGAUCCCGCGGCGGCGGUGGUCUCGACGCCGGUGCCACAGGGGGACGACGUGGCCAUCAUUAUGUACACAAGCGGGUCAACGGGCACUCCGAAGGGGGUGGAGCUGUCACACACCAGCAUCCUGGCCAGCGUGGUGGCUUACUCCGUCCAAAUGAACGUGGGGCCACAGGAUCGCUACCUCUCCUUCCUCCCGCUGGCACAUAUCAUGGAACUCGCCUCAGAGAUCGCCCUAAUCUCCCUCGGCGCCACCAUUCUGUACUCCUCGCCUCACACCCUUACCAGCACCAGCCCUAAGGUGAUGCGGGGCACCGAGGGGGACGCCAAGGUUGCCCGGCCCACCGUCAUGAACGCCGUGCCGCUGGUGCUGGACCGCAUCAUCAAGGGCGUGACUCAGAAGGUGGAGCAGCAGGGCUGGUUGAAGAGCCUCGUGUUCAGCGAAGCCGUCAAGUACAAGUUUUGGCUUGAGUACAUCCCCUUCACUUCUUACUUCAUGAACACGUUCAUCUUCAGAAGAGUGCAGGAGGAGCUGGGAGGUGAGCUGAAGCGGUUGGUGGUGGGUGGGGCGCCUCUCUCUCCCCAGACCCACGACACCAUGCGAGCCAUCUUCGACGUGUCCAUCCAAGUCGGAUACGGAUCCACGGAAACUGCCUCGUGCAUCAGCGGCAUGGACGAGGACGACACCAUCACUGGGCACACGGGCGGCCCCAACCUGGGCGUGCUGAUACGGCUGGUGGACUGGGAGGAAGGAAACUACCGCGUCACAGACAAGCCCAAUCCGCGCGGCGAGAUCGUGGUGGGCGGCCCCGUGGUGUGCAAAGGCUACUUCAAGCUGCCAGAAGAGAACAAAUCAGCGUUCUUCGAGGAGGACGGAAUCAGGUGGUUCCGCACAGGUGACAUCGGCGAGAUAAACUCUUUGGGCUCCAUCAAGAUCAUCGACCGCAAGAAGGACCUGGUGAAGUUGAAGCACGGCGAGUACGUAUCUCUGGGCAACACCGAGUCCAAAUUGAAGACUCUCAGUAACGUAGAGAACAUCUGCGUCUUUGCCGACUCCACCAAAGACAAGACGGUGGCAGUGGUGGUGCCCUCGGCGGAGCGACUGUGGAAGGUUGCGGCCAGCGUGGGCAUUGACAAGGGCACGCUCACCAUCGAGGAACUGUGCACUGACGAGCGGGUAAAGGAGGCCAUCCUGAGGGAGCUGCAGGCGCACGGCAAGAAGUGUGGCCUCACGCGGUGGGAGGUGCCCGCCGCCGUGUACCUCACCUUGGAACCCUGGACGCCCGACACCGGCCUGGUCACCGCGGCCCUCAAGCUGCGGCGCAAACAGCUGAGCCACCACUACGAACACAGCGUCCACGACAUGUACUCACGGCUCGAUUAACACGAACGAUCUGGCCUGACACCCUUGGCCAGAUCCUUGGCACCCUGCCCUUAGUUUCGUAGUCACAGGAAACUCUAAGUGCGGCUGGUCGGUCAUCCAUGUAACACUGAGAGUCACGCGUUGGUGAUCAUAAGUUUUAAUUCCUAACACAUCAAACACUAUACACCUAGAACCGAGAGACUGUGAAGAAUUUAUUAAGAGUCGUGUACAUAAUAAUUCGCGUCUAUGAACCAUUUGGCCCUGCGUGACACAGACAUCCCUCCACCUUUGUGCCUCCGCGUCCCUUGCCCCUGCACAGCCUCCCAUUCUUGCCGCACUUGCCCCUUCCCACCCCCUGGCACCCUGGCACUGUGGCACUCAUGCUUGGACUCUUCAGGGUCCUUCCAGGUUCCACAGUUAGCCCACCCAUCUCCGCCCACCUAAACCCUUGUCUUUGUGCAAAAUGAACCCGUAAGCUGAUACGCCGCCAACACACCUGUUCUUACCUGCUGCUAAUUAAGCAGCUCCCACCUGUAGCUUAACAACAAAGGCAUCAAUUGCUAAUGUCGCUUAAUCUUGCCUCGGGAAGCAACAUCUAGGCUUCAGUUGGCGGCUUCACGCACCACCUCUAGUUUGCAGCCCUCGAGUCCGUGCUUCACCCCGCGAGACUCACGGAGGGAGGCGGGCGGGGCGAGGUGUCCCUCCCUCUUCCUUUGCCACCUCCGCCGCCACCACCACCACCUCUUCGAUCUCACUCCUUCGCAGUCGCCGCAGCACCUCACAUUUUUUGCCUUAUGAAGAUGCUUUUACUCCAGUCAUCAUUGUCUAUAUCAUCACUGUUUUGUGUGUGUGUGUGUGUGUGUGUGUGUGUGUGUGUGUGUGUGUGUGUGUGUGUGUGUGAUACAGUAUAUCUUUCAAUGUGCACGUAGUAAUACUAAUCCUUUGGCUCAAUAUAUUUAUUAUAUACGUACAUACAAGCUCUAUAAUAAUUAUGAACAUACAUAUACAGGGUCUAUGUGGAAAGUUACUGAUGUUAUGAAGGUAUACAUACACUGGUGUGGUGUUAGUACAUCUGCCCAUACAACACGUAGAUGUGUGUGUGUGUGUGUGUGUGUGUGUGUGUGUGUGUGUGUGUGUGUGUGUGUGUGUGUGUGUGUGUGUGUGUGUGUGUGUGUAUUUAACUAUCAUCUACAUUGAUAUUUCAUUGUAAUGUGUAUACAAAUACUUAGGCAGCCUCUCCGUUGCGGUAUAAGCAGCUGAGGACCUUAAGAGGAGAAGCGUAGACUAGCUAACUUCUUAUUACUAACGUUCUUCUCGAUAACCAACUCUAUAAGGCUCACGCCUCAAGUUACUCAUUCCUUAUACCGUGAAUAACAUCCUGGAACUCUGUCAAAAGAGGAAAAAAAGUAUAAGUCACCCGCGAUAUUUUCACCACCAUUCACCAUCCCGCUGAAAAAUUGCGAGAAAUGGUGAGUUAUUUCAUGAAUCAUUUCACUUUUAUAACCUCCCACACGAGUCAUAAUUCCACGGCCAUACAUAAAAGUGCUGAAUUUGCGACUUUAAUCUUAGUUACCCAUUAAACGUGUCCAGCUUAGCCAGGAUUUUCACUCCCCCACUCGACGUGCGUAGCUAGGAGGCGGGUUUCUGGCCUGACGUGAAAAAUGCCUUAGUCAUCCUUCGAUUAAAUUUAGCUAAAAGUUUUCUCUGGUCGCUGUUACUCCCCAAGAGGAUUUAUUAGCUGGGGACUUGACAGGAGCAUACUGAGAAUUCUCCUGGCGCGGUCUGGUGCUACAGAAACCCUUAAAAAGUCACAUUCUUAUUAUUAUCAUUUAUUAUUAUUAUUAUUAUUAUUAUUAUUAUUAUUAUUAUUAUUGAGACACUGUAGUGAGGUAGUUUUAGCUUAUCAGUAAUGCAGGUUAUAGGGGCCUUCCGGCAUUUCAGAGAGAGAGAGAGAGAGAGAGAGAGAGAGAGAGAGAGAGAGAGAGAGAGAGAGAGAGACUACUCCUCGUUACCUAAUUUGUUAACUUCAUCUCGUGUGUUUACGGAAGGGAAAAUAAUAAUGUUCUGUAUAUAUGGAGUCUGAACCGUUUUUUUUUCCUUCGUCUACGAAAUAAAGUCAUUCCUAUUAGUGGCACACGGAAAGGAGAUCGUUACGUGAAAUUUUACGGCUGUAUUUGUUUGUGGAGUGAGAGGGUGAAAGAGAAAGGAGAGAGGGAGAGAGUAAGAGAGUUUGGGUCUACGUAAACACUCUAUAUGAAAUGUUAGAUAAAAUCAUUGUUAUCAGCUUGUAAAUAUUGAAUAAGUAUUACCCGAGGUGCAACAAGGGACAGAAUGAAAUUGAAAAAAAAAUAUCCCUAAUUUGUGUGAUUACUAUUUUUUUUGUGACUGAAUGAAGAGAAUAUUUAAUUUGGUUGUUGUUGAUGAUGAGAAAAAAAAAAUCUAACUCCUUCGGUCUUUUUCUGUGUUUACUGGAAAUCACUGCCUAAUUAGAGGUCACGGUACAGGUGUGUGGAGGGGAGUUACCUGCCGUGAGUUAGAGAGGUGUCACUACUCUCCACCACACCUGUCAGGGGUUGUGUAUAUGUAUUUUGUGUUCUCAUACAGGUGUCUCGUCAGGUAGUAAUCCUCCUUUGUACAGAUUACACAGAUUACAGCCAUCAAUUAAUCCUGACCUUUGAAAUUCACAGGAAAUAUAAUUUAACAUUCUUACACACACACACACACACACACACACACACACACACACACACACACACACACACACACACACACACACACACACACACACACACACACACACACACACACACACAC